AUGAAGUUCCUUUUUGCAUUCCUUCCUCUCGCUCUUGCGGUUCCUCACGGACCAUCAAUGCAGCGUCGAGAGGGCGAUGAUCGUGGCAACUAUACUGUCAGUGGCCUGGGAGCUCGCAAACAGGAGAUCACGGCCGCCGGCGGCACCUCUCAGGAUCUUUCCAUUGCCAUGCUGGAGACUGAUGGCAUGACUACUGACUACACCUAUGGGGACGGAAAGACCGGAGACGCAACCAACUUCGGCAUCUUCAAGCAGAAUUGGAUGAUGCUCCGUACCUCAACUAGCCAGUUCGAAGGUUUAGCUGUGGCUGAUGUAGACCAGGGUGCCGUCUUGAACUCGGACCUCGCAGCUGAUAUCACUGCUCGCCAUGAGAGCGAGGAACACUACGGAUACACCACCUGGUGCGCAGGCCACCGCAAUGGGGCCAGUGGCCUGGACAACCCCAACACCGAUGACAUUGCCACAUAUCAAUCCGCCAUCGAGUGGAUUCAGCAACAGAUCGACAGCAAUGAGCAGUAUCUCUCUGAUGACACCCGCUUCUGGGUGGAUGUCACUGCAAUCUAA